AUGGCUAGAACUAAGCAAACCGCUCGCAAAUCUACUGGGGGUAAAGCUCCACGGAAACAGCUCGCUACCAAAGCAGCCCGUAAGAGCGCUCCUGCCACCGGUGGUGUGAAGAAGCCGCAUCGCUACAGACCCGGUACUGUAGCCUUGCGAGAAAUCCGUCGUUAUCAGAAAUCGACAGAGCUGCUGAUCCGCAAGCUGCCUUUUCAGCGCCUAGUGCGCGAAAUCGCCCAGGAUUUCAAGACUGAUUUGCGCUUUCAGAGCUCUGCAGUAAUGGCUCUGCAGGAAGCAAGUGAAGCGUAUUUGGUCGGACUGUUUGAGGAUACGAACCUGUGCGCUAUUCACGCUAAAAGAGUAACUAUCAUGCCCAAGGAUAUCCAGCUGGCCCGCCGUAUCCGCGGCGAACGGGCUUAAAGAGCGCUCUAAAA